AUGAGAGGAAUGAGAAAAUGUGGAGGAAAUGGAGGAGGUGAAGGAAGCGGAGGAGGUGGAGGAAGAGGCGCUUUGGCCAAUGAUCGCUUGAGCGUCGCUGUCAUCCCUCAUUCCGUUUUCGACUGCCGGCAAAGUGCCGCUCGAGGAGAUUUGCACGUGCCAAACAGAUCUAACGAUCGUGCUGCAUCAGUCUGGCACUCCAUUCUGACCGUCGGCGGAUCACAGGCCAUCGAGGAGACCCCCAAAGAUGAUCUCGAUGAGAUCGUCUCGUACGACGUGUACUCGCACGUGCUGGUGGCGAUGCAGUACUUCUUCCCCCUGACGGUGAUCAGCGCUGCGUACCUGAGGAUCGGCUGCCGCCUGUGGGGAGCCCAGAUGCCAGGCAACGCCGAGGAUCAUCGCGACGCCCUGCUCCUCAAGAACAAGAAAAAGAGCGUGAAGUACCUCACCAUGACGACGCCCAUUCGAAUACGUAAAGGUGGGAGCUUUGGGUCGAAAACACGGAGGGAAAAGUUAAGCCGACCGGUCGCCAUGGCGAUUGGAGCCAUCGCUCCUUGCCGGAUCGGAUGCUAUGGUUACCUUCGUGUCAAACACGUGUUCCACCUGUAUUCCAUCUGCAUUCCACCUGUUUUCCACCUGGGCGGAAUGCAGGUGUCCUUCGACUCCGUCUAUGAUCGUAAUCGGCUUCGACUGAAAUGUGCGAUCGCGUUAGACGUCGUCCUUUCAUUUCUCUCUGCAAUAGGUGGAAAUACGAAUAAAAGAGAGAAGCCGGUCAAAGACUGGAUCGAAGCGAUCCGGAAAGGCUGUUCGCGUGCUUCGAGGCCCUGUUUCGUGCUUCGAGGUUUCCCUCAAACUUCGUCGGGCGAAUCCCAAGACGCAGACGUCGAAGCUCCUCUGGUCUUCGGUCGGGUCUUCGCGGAAGACAGAGGUUCGACCCGAUCGCGAACAAACGAGGUGAUCAAGAUGCUGGCCAUCGUGGUCGCCCUUUUCGCCAUCUGCUGGCUCCCGCUUCAAACUUAUUACAUCGUUGCCGCCCUCCACUCAGAAGUCAAUUCG